AUGUUUUAUUUUUCUAGGAUCCAACAAAGAGGGAAAGUUUUGAAAAACUCCGUAAUUGGAGUAUCGAAAGUUACCAAUCGACUCAACACCACGUCAAGCGGGCCAAAGACGGUUAUUGGUAUUGAUUUGGGAACCACCAACUCUGCCGUUGCAUAUGUUGAUCAUCUCAGUAAGCAACCGAAAAUAUUGGAGAAUAACCAGGGUAAGAGAACCACGCCAAGCAUCGUUGCGUUCACUCCUGCUGGUGAUGUGCUUGUUGGAGAACUUGCUAAAAGACAGUGGGUAAUAAAUCCUACCAAUACUUUGUACGCCACUAAAAGAUUGAUAGGUAGGAAAUACGACGAUGAGGAAGUUAAGAAAGAUGUAGAGCUCAUGCCAUAUUCCAUCGUUCCUAGUCCAAAUGGAGAUGCAUGGAUACAGACUACGGUUGGUGAAAACCUCAUCUAUUCACCAGAACAGAUUGCCGGUUUGAUAUUGAAGGAGAUGAAGCAUGUGGCUGAGAAAUCAUUGGGGGUGCCUGAUGGCCAAAUCAAAAAUGCAGUUGUUACCGUGCCGGCUUAUUUCAAUGACUCUCAAAGACAAGCUACUAAGACUGCCGGUGAAUUGGUAGGGCUGAAUGUAAUCAGAGUCAUGAAUGAGCCAACUGCAGCAUCAUUGGCGUAUGGGCUAGGUAAUAAGAAUGAUGGGAUUGUUGCUGUCUAUGAUUUAGGUGGUGGUACAUUUGAUAUUUCUAUAUUGGAUAUAGAAGAUGGAGUCUUUGAAGUAAUUAGUACCAACGGUGAUACCCAUUUAGGAGGAGAAGAUUUUGAUAAUUUGCUUGUUCAGUACAUAUUGGAUAAAUUCCAGGAACAGAGUGGUAUCGAUUUGAGUGGAGAUAUAAGUGCAAUACAAAGAAUCAAGGAAGCUGCAGAAAAGGCCAAAAUUGAGUUGAGUCACGUUAAAACGACACGAAUUGAUCUUCCCUUUAUUACCAAGGCUGAAAGCAUCAGUAUUGAACUCACUGAAGAUGAAUUGGAUGAGAUGAGCAUGCCAUUAAUUAGCAAAACUAUUGCACCUCUUAAGAAGGCAUUAGUUGAUGCAGACUUGAAGAAGGAAGAUAUUGACGACGUGAUUUUGGUUGGUGGCAUGACUAGAAUGCCUAAGAUACGGAAGGUUGUGGAAGACUUUUUUGGAAGAAAACCAAAUACCAAUGUCAAUCCUGAUGAAGCGGUUGCAUUAGGUGCGGCCAUUCAAGGUGCAGUACUAUCUGGUAGUGUCAAAGACGUGUUGUUGUUGGAUGUCACUCCAUUGACCCUCGGUAUUGAAACUUAUGGUGGACUAUAUUCACCAUUGAUUCCUAGAAAUACUACUGUUCCAUGUAAAAUAAAGCAAGUCUACUCCACUGCCGUUGAUGGACAAAAUUCUAUUGAUAUCAAUGUAUAUCAAGGUGAACGUCCCCUAGUUGCCGAUAAUAAAUUAAUCGGUAAGUUCAAAUUGACCGAUAUACCACCCAAGCCAAAAGGUGUCCCCCAAAUAGAGGUUUUGUUUGACAUCGAUGCAGAUGGCAUCAUCAAAGUCAGUGCCAAGGAUAAGGAUACGGGGAAGAAAUCGUCCAUUACUGUUUUCGGGAAGACUGGUAUGAGCAAAGACGAGAUUGAAGAUCUAGUGAAAAAGAGCAAGGAAACUACCAAGGAAGACGCCAAGAGAAUGAGCUAUCUCAAGCAUGUGAAUAAUUUGGAAUUGAUUGUCUUUGACACUGAGCAGGCAGUUAAGGAUUGGGGGGAGUAUAUGAGCGAAGAGGACCGCUCGAGUCUGACUCGACAUAUCGAGAUUGUGAAGCGGAUGAUCAACGAUUCUAGAAACGGUGAUCUCUUUGACGUUGACCUUAUAAAGGCUGCACAAGAAGAACUCAAGGAGGAAACCCUUGCGGUGAUUACACGUGCUGCUGCUAUUAGUCGCCAAAAUCAAAUUAAGAAAUAA